AUGGUGCGAAGAUCCCAAAAGCAGCAAGCAAACACGUCUAAAGGUACACACAAUGUUGGUACCAUGUUCCAGUAUCCUGUUGCUCCCAUGAUGGCCGCCCAGGUGGACCAGGAGAACUACUCCUUUAGUUCUGAGAUCAACUCAGAGAACCCAACUGUAGUAAUGCAAAAUGCAGUGCUCAUACCAAUAGUACUAGCAGAAGUUGAUACCCAAACACUGGCCGCAAAACAGGAUAUCCAUAAUUUACUACAGGAUAUUAAAAAGCGUUUUGCAGCCAAUCUAGAGCUGUUCAAAGUUGAUUGA